AUGAGCAAGAAUGUGCUGAGCCAAGGCCCUCGCAGUUUUAAGGAGGUUCAAGAAUUCUUAAAACAUCUCUUGGCUCUUAAUAAGUCAGCUAUGAUGAAACUAAAGUACCAGAAAUAUCGUAGCUGACAUGAGAUCUUACAAAAUGCUAGAGAUUUAGUAACUGUUCUAGCUAGGAAUAAAGCCACUGCUCAGUCACCAAAGUUUUGAUCUGUUGCGUCUAUUACUUAUAAUAAUCUUGGUUGAUAUUACCAGAAGAAGAAUCAGAAUUCACAGUCAAUUAAGUAUUACCAAAAGUCAUUGACCUAUACGAAGAAUAUUGAAGGUGAUGAAGUCAAUCUUGCUAGCACUUAUCUCAAUAUCUGUUCACUAUUUUCCCAAAUGGGGGAUCAUGAAGAAGCUUAUAGGCACGGAGAAGUAGCACUGAAGCUUCUUCCUAUUGCUUACAAGAAGCAUAAGGAGCAGACGGACUCUAACCAGCUUCAAGAGAGCACUGAAAGACCCAAUGAUUCUGGACUCGACAACCUCCUGAUGACCAUCGUGAUUGCUUACUACAAUGUUGCCACUGAAUGAGAGUUCUUGGGGAACAACCAAGAAGCUCUCAAGAACUUUAUCAGAGGAUAUGAGUGGGGAAGCAAAACUUUUGGUAAAGAUGAUGAUUUAGUCAAGAAGAUCAGAAAGUGUAUUUUUCAAAUCAAGAAAGUCCUCUAUAAGUCUGGUGAGAGAGGACUUCCAUCUACUUCUAGCUCAAAAUUCAGCCUCAUGAGUAAGCAAUCUGUUGGUUCUAUAUUAAGAAAGAGCAUGAAAAACUCUAAUGUGUUGAAGAAGAUAAAUCCAAGAUCUUUUUCUGAGAAAACAAAUGCAGAUAACAGUAUUAAAAGGAGCCAAGGAGGUAAUGAUGUAUCAAGCUUAUACAAUUCUUCUGAAAUCACAGAUAUCUUUACUGCUCAUAGUGCAAAGAACUCUUCAGUUUCCCAGAAGUUGAGAAACUCUCAUAUUUAUCAGAGAAGUCCUGAGAUUAAUCAAACCAAUUGUUACCUCCAAGAUGAGAGGACAAGCUCUAGGUCUAAGAUUGGUAAAAAGAUUCAGAAAGGAAUCAGGCCAUUCCAACCAAAUAAGCAGCUUAGGGUUGCCUCUCUGAAUGAUAAAGAGAAGGGACGAAAUAAAAGCAAUGCUAGUGGUGGUCAAGAGCAGGCAUAUCUCCCUGCUGUUCCUAUUAUCCCAAUGUACGGCACUAAUCCCUUGAGUACAAGUAUGAAUCUGGAGAAUAAAUAAGCUGGAGAUUCCAGGAACAUCAUCUGAAAGUGUGCGGAAAAGUAUGAAAAAUAGCUUCUUUUCACCGAAAACUAAAUAAAGUCCCUUCUAAGCCAAAGAUGAAGGGAAGCAAGAGAAAGUCCAACCGUUAUGCUCCUACUAGACCUAAUAUCGAGGUCAUAGUACAUGCUCAUGAGAUGAAUAGAAGUCUUGAGAGUAUUCAUGAAGAGAGUAAACAAGAUUCUGGUAUUAACUCAGCCACUCAGGAAAGAUACCUCAAAACAAGACAGAGAUACUCGAAUAAGAUUAUUACGAAAAGAAAGACUCGGACUCAAAGCAAGAUCUCUUUCUUUGAGACCAAUUUUUAUAAUAGGAAUAUGAACAUGAAUCUGACUCAGGAAGGUAUCCGUCGGAGGAGCCAGAAGAGAGGAAUUGAUAGUAUUAAGUCACGCAUCAAUAAUAUUUCAAAAGUUCGGAAUACCCCUUUAAACAAAGAAAUUUCAGGCUUUGAUGUUGCGUCUUUUAAUAUAAAAACCACAGAUAAUCGGAAUAGGAGAAGAGAGAGAAUGAACUCCUCAGCUGAUUCUAUUGAUCUAGUAGACCCAACAAUUUCAUUGCCUUCUCAUGUCAGAACGACAAAAAUCAUACCAAAAAUUAAGAAAAAUGUUCAAUAA